AUGACUCUUACGUUUGAAUUAUUACCAAACGAAAUAUGGCUUAUUAUUUUCAAUUAUUUAUCUUCACGACAUAGUUGGCGAGCAUUUUUUGGUAUUAAUAAACGUUUAAAUCAGCUAUUGACUUCGAAUCUAAUUCGUCAUACUAUCGAUUUGAAAAAUAUCUCUUAUUCUGAAAUAGUUCAGCUACUUGAAAACCAUGAUAGAAAAUCAUAUGAUUAUCAAUGGCAAGCAGAAUUUAUUUCCCAUGCGUCUGCAAUUUAUCUUGAAAAUAAUUUUGAUUAUGAGAUAUUAAUUAAUCGAUGGAUCGCAACAAAAGAAAAUUGGAAACUAUCAUCUUUAAGAACAAUUUAUAUUUUACCAGAAGCUAUGAACAUGAUUGGUGUAUUACUUCGUGAACUUAAAUUUGAAAAAAUUCUUCAAUCACAACUCCAUUGUCUUCAUCUUGUUUUCGACCAACCAUGUUCUACUUAUUAUUCUACAUUAUCUCACUUAGUGGAAAAACGUAUUUCAUGUCCAAUUAUGUUAUUAAAAGUAACAAGUGGUCAUAGAUACCAAAAUUGGGAAUAUGCAGAUUUAUACAAUAUAAAACAUCCAUUAUACUGGAUGCGUACUGUUUGCUUGACUAUUAGUGUACAACAUUCAUCAGAGCUUAUUCUUCUCUUCAUGCCUGAAGCUUUACCAUUACUUGAACAUUUGAAUGUAACUAUCGAACAGCCACGAAAAGAUUUAAUAACUAAAAGAAAACAACCAGCAAAAUCUGUUCAAUUAUCCGAAAAUGAUCUACGUUAUGCAAAUGCUGCCAAAACAAAACUUCGAUCAUUUGUGCUACGUCAAAUAGAGCUCGAUGAUCUUUUGACUUUAUUCAAUACGUUCACUUUUCCUCUUCUUGAUACACUUAUAUUGGUGGAUGUAUUUGAUAAAUGUAAGUACAAUGAACUUAAAUUUUGA